ACGAUCCCCCCCUUCGUGGCUCGUUGGUGAGGGAAAGGCCCCUACACUGCUUCAAGUUUAGGCUGCACCUCUCGCUCUCCCUCUCUCGUCUCUCUUUGACUGUGCUCGUAUGGAUACCCGUUCUCUCUGUGUCCCUCCAUCUCUUCCUUUCGCCAUCCCAUCCUCUCUUCCUUCCAGCAAGACACUUCCCAUUCUCUCGACAUUCUUCUCGACGCCAUCUUUUCCUUUGUCACUCGCGGACCCUCUUCAAAUCACUCUACUCGUCCUCUUGACUUCGAUUCUCCUGUUCUUGCCUCCGACCGUCCCAUCGAUCUUUUCCGUCGCCGUGUCCCAACUCUGGUCACCAAUUCUUCAACUCGACAAACACACCUUGUAAUCGCCUGGAACGCCUCUCAAGUAUCUCAAAACUCCUAUAGAGACCUCAUUGUACAUCUCAGUGCCCUUUUUGACCCUUUGCGACACCUCCUAUCCCGUCUGCGCCUAGGCGACCCUUCUUCCGAUCCGUCAGGACACACUUUUGACCACUUCUCGAGGGUGAAAAGAAUCCGAAAAAGGCGAGAGGGCGCUCCAAAGGCCACAGACGGCAUCUCCUACUCGACGCGAUACGUUCUACACUUGUUUUGGGCCCCUCGGUGCUGGGUGUGUCGAUACUGCCCUAGCGAUGCGCGAUAUGCGACAUACGAGUUUAUGACCUGAAUCACUCCAAAUCAUCCUCAAAAUCGAUCCAUGAGGACAAACCCUGCCAGAUUAUGACAGAGUCCUCCCUCCUCACCACGCAUCCCGCAACGAACCAUUAUCCGGUCACCGCCGCUCCUUCCCUGGCCUCUCCCUUGCCAAAUGGCUCUCUGUCCGACACCAAUCUCCAAGAAGAGGAGGAAUACACCAUCAAAUGCAUAUGCAUAUAUGCAGACGAUGAUGGCAACACCGUCUACUGCCCCAAAUGUGACACGUGGCAGCACAUUGAGUGCUACUACCACGGCAAAAAGGUUCCAGAAGAGCAUUUUUGUGCAGACUGCUUCCCCCGAGAUCUUGACGCGAAGAAGGCCACCGACAGACAAAAGCGGCGCAGAGAAGCUCUCGACGGCGGUGACCGGAAGGUCAAGAGACCUAACACCAAAACCCAAAAGAAAAAGCACAAGGACAGCAUCUCGGCGGCCGACCAGAUCAACGGCUGGCACUCACUCGAUCGCAAUGAUUCGGUCGGUAGCACAAAAGAAGGCCCUCCUGCGAAGAAGCCGAAAACAAACCAUCGGACGACCGGUUCUGUCGUCUCCGUGAAUGGUGAAUCCAGGAAACGCGCAGCCUCUAAUGUUCAGUCUUACCCGAGUCCUUCCAAAUCCCCUCAAGACCUCUUCCGUUUUCCUGCCAUUCCGACAUACACCUCCGAAUUCCUGGAACUCUACGACCGUGAUCAAGGUAACACAAAUGCACGAGACAACGAGCAAACGAUCCAAGCGGCCAACAAGCUGUCCAUGUGGCGAACCGAGCCUUCCUUAGUGGUGAGUGCUCCUGGACAGCAACCCACAGCGAAAUCGCCCUUUGUACAUCUCAAUCAUCCGUUGGACCAAAGUGCCUUGCCUCCUGUCACAGUCGAAACAAUCUCGAAGAAGGACACCGAGUUCGAGGGCCGUUUUCCGACGUGGCGCUUCUUACGCCUUCAGUCCUCAGUAAAGAAGGACGAGAUUGUAGGCGAAGUCCGCGGCCAAGUCGGCAUGCUGGAGGAGUAUUGUCAGCAGAAGUCAUCAUCGAAUCGAUGGCAGGAACUACGGCAUCCGGAUCCUUUUGUGUUUUUCCACCCUCACAUGGACAUCUACAUCGAUAGCAGGAAAUCGGGGACGCAAUUUCGCUACAUCCGGAGGUCGUGUAAGCCCAACGUGACGCUCAAAACGUUUGUCUCUGACGACGAUGAGACACAUCACUGUUUUGUCGCCAGCAAAGACAUCCCGGCCGGAUCCGAACUGACCACGACUUGGUUUCUGGAUCAGGGCAUGUUUUCUGUGGAUGCUGUUCAGAACGAUUCGGAGCAAGCUCAAAGUCGACGCCUUGAUUGGGUAAGCCGAGUUCUGGCCAACUUUGGUGAUUGUGCCUGCGAUUCGAACCAGCCUUGUCUACUCGCCAACUUUGACCGAAGACUCCCAGCCAAGUCAAUCGACAUUGGGGCGAAGGAGAAAGGAGGGCGGAAGAAGAAAAGUAAGAGCAAACAAGCCGUUUCGCCUUUGAGCACUGGACAGGCCACCAACAGUCGGGCAGGAAGUGAACCCAAAUUACUCGACGAUGAAGACCAGUUUGACCGACGCUCCACGUCCGAGUCGACUCCUAGUAAUCCGCAAAGUCGAGAUAUUACUCCAGUCAAUAUUGCUGCUCUGGAUGCCGAUCCGGUUUUGGGCAAUGGACUUACAGCUCGAGAAUUGCGCAAGAUUCAAAUGGCGGAGCGAGCGUUUGCCCAAAAAGAGCAAGAAAAGAAAGAUCAAUCCGGGCAAGGACAAUCACGCAAGAAGAAGAGGACCAGUGGCGGGUCGAAUCUCAACACGCCUGGGGCUGCUUCGUCGAGACAACUGGGGCCCAAUUCGCAACCUCCAACACCCAGCGGUCAUCCCCUCAGCCGGUCUCAUGACCAGGCGUUCGGAUCUCCGCCGCCAGGUAAAGGUGCCUACAGACGUGCCAAGUCUUCGGAUUCUGCAAGCAGAGGUGAAGUCAAGCCGGAACGACCUGUGUAUGUUGAUGCUGCUGUCCAGACACAGACCGAAGAAUGUGAAAUGGUGGCGCCGUCUCCCAAGCGCAGAAAGUUCUGCACUCCAACACAGCGCCUGCUGAAGAGAUUGUUGCACGAUCGAGCGAAACAUAAUCAACGAUCUCGGUCACCAACAUCGCCCUCCACUGCCUCUAUGCCUGGCCCAUCCGCAUCCACGGGUGUUCCUGAUGAUGUCGAAAUGAAGGACGUUGUAAUGGCCAGCGAGAUCACCUCGCCUCAGCAAUCUCCAACCGAUGUCAAGGUUAGUGGCAGUCCGGUUAAUGUGGGAACGACAACAUAUCCUCUGCCUUCUCAAGCGGCUCACACGUUACCACCGCUCAAGUCUCCAGGCCCCCCUCGGCUGCAUUUGUCUCCGCUGCCUCCAGUUCCAACUUUCUCCUCUAUUGGCAUGGGUGCUACGACGUCGACCAACACUGCCAUGACUCCCGGGCCUGCGACAGUGGUGGCCCAGUCGCCUUCAGCAUUGACAUCUUCUAGCCCUUUUCCGAUGACGCCCAGUGCUGUUGUUACCCCAAGCCCAGCUAGGAAAAAGCUGAGUUUAGGGGACUAUCUGAGUCGACGAGCGGCCUCGACGCCUUCCGUGGAAAAGCUACAGUCGGAGGGAGGUAUCCAUCUUCCGGCCGAACAGAUCAAGGAAGGUGAGCCAGGCAGUUCUUCGCCGGUUGCCGAUCCAGCAAAGACCACUGAAGAAGUUGGGGUCAAGCAAGAAGGAGACGAGAAGGAAUACAGUCCUCCAGAAGACGUGCCACCGGUUGGGGCAAAAUCAGAACAAGCUCGAGAUGACUGAUGUCCCAAAUCCACGACUUGGGUAUCCUGCGAUGAAGCUGGGCGUUAAUUCGAGUUGCCAUUUCCAUGAAUGAAUAGACUACUUUGGACCUUUCACGAGGCUUGGGCACACAGGGUUGAUGAGGCUAGAGUGGGGCUGGGGGAAUGGGAAACAGAAGCAUCUUGACGACAGAUGCACAAUACUGCUCGGGGGUUGUUUUACGUGUCGGCGUUGUGGGGAUGGGAUUUCACAGCAUGUUACGGUUGUCAAGGCAGGAUGGAUAUGGAUCCAAGAAGAUCCCGACUUCAGGCAGUCCUGGAGAUUGGGCUUUUGUUAUGUGUAUAUAUUAUUAGUGACCCUAGUGGCGACCGUUAUGUGUCAUUCUGCCACCGACGAGCUUUUCUUUUCCUUGGUGGUCAAUAUUUGUGUAUCUUGUAUGAGAGAGUGUAUGAAGGAGAGAAGGAAUGGAGCCGAAGAGCUGAAGUACAAGGAAGAGCUUGUUACAAGAGAAACAAAACAGCAUGUCGGUUUGAGAAGAGCAAUGAAUAACAGAAAAUCCAUCUCCUCAAAAAGGCCUCUCGAUGUAUUGUAGUAGUAACUUUGUUGUUUUUCG